AUGGCAAACAACAACAAGAAUGCCGGUUUUGGUGGUGCAACUCCUCUGCUUGGAUCUGGCGGUAAGAGCAAGACAGCUAAAGCUCCAGUUACAUCGCCACCAAGCUCCAGCAAUGCAGUGAUCGCCGAAUACAUCGGACCACUAGAUCCCAGACGCCACUUCGAGUCAUUGAGACAACUGGUUUGGCUCGAUGCAGCCCUCAACGAGCACGAAUACCUUAGGCAAGAGUUCAACCCCGAAGGCAUUGAAUUAUUCGAGCAGAUUGCUUCGGAGUUUAAUAAGGUGUUCCACUUCCACCCACAGAAUGAAGUCGUCUCGAAGUUCAGCCAGCUGCUUCGAGCAGAUCCUACAUUCUAUGCCAACUACUUCCCAGAGGAGCGCAUGUUCCAUGAAGUUCCUGGACUUUCUGGCCUCCCGAAUAUCCAGAACGUUGAUUGGAACUACAGGGGAUAUUGA